CGCGCGGCGGCCAUUUUGUCUUAUCGGUUCCUGUUUAGCGGAGGCUUUCAGGCCGGGAGCGGGACGGAGAGCUUGGCGACUGUGUCGCUGGCGUUUUCUUUGGUGGGUGCCAGGGCUGGUGGGAGCAGUCGCCCGAGGAAAGCACCAUGAUUUCGGCCGCGCAGUUGUUGGAUGAGUUAAUGGGCCGGGACCGAAACCUGGCCCCGGAUGAGAAGCGCAGCAACGUGCGGUGGGACCACGAGAGCGUUUGUAAAUAUUAUCUCUGUGGUUUUUGUCCUGCGGAAUUGUUCACAAACACUCGUUCUGAUCUUGGGCCUUGUGAAAAAAUUCAUGAUGAAAAUCUGCGAAAACAAUAUGAGAAGAGUUCUCGUUUUAUGAAAGUUGGCUAUGAGAGAGAUUUUCUGCGAUACUUACAGAGCUUACUUGCAGAAGUAGAACGUAGAAUUAGACGAGGCCAUGCUCGUUUGGCAUUAUCUCAAAACCAGCAGUCAUCUGGGGCAGCUGGUCCAACAGGCAAAAAUGAAGAAAAAAUUCAGGUUCUAACAGAUAAAAUCGAUGUACUCCUGCAGCAGAUUGAAGAAUUAGGAUCUGAAGGAAAAGUAGAAGAAGCCCAGGGAAUGAUGAAAUUAGUUGAACAGUUAAAAGAAGAGAGAGAAUUACUUAGGUCCACAACUUCGACAAUUGAAAGUUUUGCUGCCCAAGAAAAACAAAUGGAAGUUUGUGAAGUGUGUGGAGCCUUUUUGAUAGUGGGAGAUGCCCAGUCCCGGGUAGAUGACCAUUUGAUGGGAAAACAGCACAUGGGCUAUGCCAAAAUUAAAGCUACUGUAGAAGAAUUAAAAGAAAAAUUAAGAAAAAGAACUGAAGAACCUGAUCGUGAUGAGCGUUUAAAAAAGGAGAAACAAGAACGAGAAGAAAGAGAAAAAGAAAGGGAGAGAGAAAGGGAAGAAAGAGAGAGGAAAAGACGAAGAGAAGAGGAAGAAAGAGAAAAAGAAAGGGCUCGAGACAGAGAAAGAAGAAAGAGGAGUCGAUCAAGGAGUCGGCACUCAAGCCGAACUUCUGACCGAAGAUGCAGCAGGUCUCGGGACCACAAAAGAUCACGAAGUAGAGAAAGAAGGCGAAGCAGAAGCAGAGAUCGACGAAGAAGCAGAAGCCAUGAUAGAUCAGAAAGAAAGCAUAGAUCUCGUAGUCGGGAUCGAAGAAGAUCAAAAAGCCGAGAUCGAAAGUCAUAUAAGCACAGGAGCAAAAGUCGGGACAGAGAACAAGAUAGAAAAUCCAAGGAGAAAGUGCAGCGUAAGUAUGCACAGAUGAAGAUGGAACUAAGCCGAGUAAGAAGACAUACAAAAGCAUCUUCUGAAGGAAAAGACAGUGUAGUCCUGCAAAACAUUUUGAGGUACAUUGUUUUGUCUCAGCUAUUUUGUAGCAGACUCGUGCCCCCCAUUAGUGUGCCUCUUUGGAAAUUAUUACCCAACGUUUGUAAUAUAGUCGCCAUUGAAAAGUUAAUUAUCCUUUUUUUAGGGAUUUUGCUGUCAUUUCUUGUUUUUUUUUUUGUUUUUUUUUUUUUUAAUAAAAAGGUUGAACUGUUUUUUUUUUUUUCUUUUUGGUAUUAAGUCCAUCUUGUGUUGGUACAUUGGCAGAGACAUAUGCUUUAAAAACUUAAAUAUUUCUGAGGCACAUGUUGGACUACUUUGUUUUAAUUAAACUGCUAGUAUUUCUUUGUCAAGGAUGUUUCUAGUUUUUUGCUUUAUUGCCUUGCAUUCUAAUGCAGUUUGUUCUGUAACUCGAGAGCCAGUAGCAUUGGAUUGAUGGAAGUGUAGGGUUUAUGAAUUAUUGCAGCUGACUACCAUACCUCACACAGCGUUGGUGUUGUGAGCGGCCCAUGAAAAGCCAAAUUAAAAAUCAAGGAUUCAGUCAAACUAAGCAGGUACUCAUGCCAGGUACUCCUUUCUCUACCCACAUCCAUGUUUGAAUGCUAUUGCCUGUGAUCUUUACGCUUAACUGUUGUGUAUCUUUUUUGUUCUUUACAAGAAGCACAGAGGGGUUUUUUGUGUAUUGCGUGAAAACUUAUAAUCAAAUGUUAACAGAAUGGAAUUUUUUUUCAACUGUGUGUAGGGAUGCAGUGGUGCCCAGAAUUAGAUAUCUUUAAAGAAUUUUAAAUACAAUAAACACUUCAUAUUAUUCGCCUUGUUACAUUCAAUGCAAUUCUCAAGUCUUUAAGAGGUAUGUGUUUAAUAUUUCCUACUGUGUAGGAGAAUUUGCAGUCAGCCAUAGGUAUAAUAGGAAUAAUCACUGGCUGAUACAUUUAAAGCAGCAGUGAAUAGCAAGGACAGCCACCUUCAAACAAAUACAAAGAACUGAUGAACCAUAUAGAAUGAAUUUGGGUUUUUAAAGAACUAUUUAAAGUCAGGCUUUAUAAGAGUUCUUAAAACCUGUAAACUGUUCAUUCUUUGGGCUAGUGGCAUGGGAUUAAAUAUUCCUAAUGAAAGGAAGUACCAAUUAGUUGAUUUGUCGAUGACAGUCCUUUUCUAGGACAGCAGUAUAGUGUUAAAUUUGUGUGAGCCAUUCAAACAUAGGCAGGCAUACACAGGCAUAUGGCUUUAAGAGACCACACUGAUGCCUUGAUAAUUUAAAAGAAUACAAACAUUCCAUAUACAUAUAUUAAUUAGCAGUUAAUGACUGGGCCACUUAGUCAUAAAAAUUUGCCUUUUACAUGUUGUCUAAUUAUCAUUUUUCCCCAAAUUUUGCGUUGUAGGAAUACUGUUCGAAGAUUCUUGGAAGAAAACUGAAAACGGCAUAAAGUGAAGAUCGACAUUAAAAUGAGGUGAAAGAAAACUAUAGUGGCAUAGAAAAAGUAUAAAGCUCAGUUAGUUUUUUUUGUUUUUUUUAUUAAAAAUUAAUUCAGGACUGAUGUGACCUACCAGAUUUCAGAACAUGUAUUAAUAGCAUAUAUAUGCCACUGAAAACUUAGGUCCUGUAUCAUAUUUUUUUCUUUAAGACUUUUUAAGAAAUAUUACCUAAAUAUGUGGCUUGCUCAGUGUUUAAUUGCAAGUUUUCAUUCUUGGACUUUGAAAACGAGAUUAAACGUUAGUAUUUGUGUGAAUCAGACUAAGUGGGAUUCCAUUUUUACAACUCUGCUAUACCUAGCCUUUGGAUUUAGAAGUGAAAAUAAAGUAUCUCUGACUUUCUGUUACAAAUUUGUCUCUGUCAUUGAAAAGUUUUAGUAUUAAUCUUUUUCUAAUAAAGUUAUUGACUCUGAA